AUGAACAAUAUAUAUUUCUCUACUAUAAACAUAUUAUUCGUAUCAUUAUUAUUAUUGAAUAAUCGGCAGAUUGAUUGUCAAGAAUCACCUUCUGUUGUACUUGUUGAUUUAACUCAAUUUGAUAUACUAAAUGGUGGUAUUACUACUUCUGGUCAGUGUUGUGAUGGUUCGAUUUCGUCAGGAAAUUGUUCAUCAACAUUAUCCUGUAAUUUAUAUACGAUCGUCUGUUUAGAUUUUGUCUAUAGUGGAUUACAAACAAAUUGGACUUAUUGUCCAUUAGGUUCUAAAUCAUUUCGAGUAACAAUAAAUAAUACUGGUUCAUUCAAUUUUCAUUUAAUAUCAAAUGCAGCGACAUUUUUACCUCUUCAAUUUCCAUUAGCAUUAAUAUCUGAUAAUUCUAUCAAUAUUAAAAUCUUUAUAUUUUAUGAUUAUAUGAAUACUGGAAAUCUUACAUUUAUUAAUCAAAAUACAUUGUUAAAUCGUUUUAUUGCAACGUUUCGGAUCGAUUCAUCUUAUCCAUCAGCAUCAUCUGGGAUAUUUCAAAGGCAAACCCUUCUUGAUGUAUCAAGAAAUACAACAAAUAUGAAUCAAUUAAGUGUUGGCUUCAUGACUUAUUGUCAAGUGACAUAUUAUGGACAACAAUGUUCUGUUCGAUGUAUUUCAAAUGAUGAUUGUACAAGUUCAUAUGUAUGUGAUACAAUAACAGGUACAAAAGUUUGUUCACCAGGUUGGUAUGGAGUUGAAUGUGGAUUUCGAAAUAAAUCUUAUGUUCAACCAAUUUGUUCAUCGAAUGCAUUGACUUGUAAUAAUGAUGGUUUUUGUCAAGCAUUUAAUAAUACAAAUCAACCGACAUGUUGUUGUCCACUUGGAUUCACUGGUCUUAAUUGUCAAUAUCUUUCAACGUGUAUCAUAAAUUCAACUUGUUUAAAUGGUGGCUUAUGUAAUCCAGCAUAUGAUCCACUUUCACGUUCAUAUUAUUAUGUAUGUAGUUGUGCAACUGGAUAUACAGGAUUAUAUUGUCAAGAAAGGCAACAAUGUCCACCUACAUUCUAUGGUCCUAAUUGUACUAUACAAUGUCAUGCACCAAAUUCAUGUUCCGAAGGUCAUUUUACUUGUAAUUCUGAAGGUGGAAAAGUAUGUUCACCUGGUUGGAGUCCAAUAAGUACAUGUCUAACAAAAAAUCUUUCAUCUUAUCUUGAUCCUGAAUGUCCUGUUUCAACCGGUUGUCUUAAUGAUGGUACUUGUUUUAAUGGUACAUGUUGUUGUCCAUCAACUUAUACUGGUCAUUUAUGUGAAACACCUAUUGAUCCAUGUGCAAUUAAUCCUUGUCAACAUAAUGGUUUAUGUUCAUCAACGUCUACUGGAUAUACAUGUCAAUGUUCACCUUAUUAUACAGGUUCAUUAUGUGAAAUAACUCUUAAUCCUUGUGAUUAUUCACCUUGUCGAAAUAACGCUCAAUGUCAAUUAUUAGGAAAUAUAACAUUUUAUUGUAUAUGUCCUACAGGUUAUACAGGUCAAUUUUGUGACAUACAAAUAAAUUAUUGUAGCUCUCAACCCUGUGUGAAUAAGGGUGUUUGUAUUAAUACGAUAACAGGUUUUUCCUGUAUUUGUUCAGCUAUUUAUACAGGUCCAACUUGUUCAAUUGCUAUUAAUCCAUGUCUUUCUCAACCAUGUAUUGCAAAUAAUACAUUAAAUUGUAUUAAUAAUAAUAAUUUAACAUAUACAUGUUACUGUCGAGCAGGUUUUACAGGUUCAAUUUGUGAACAAACAAUGAAUUCUUGUUCAUUAGUACCUUCUUUAUGUAAAAAUAGUGGUACAUGUGUGAAUACAAUAAAUGGUUAUAGUUGUCAAUGUAAUGGACUUUAUCAAGGAAGUGAUUGUAGUAUUCCAAUUGAUCCAUGUUCAAGUAAUCCAUGCGUUGCAUCAAAUUCUAUAUCAUGUCAAAUAAUAACAAAUAGUACAAUUUAUGGUUAUAGUUGUACAUGUCAACCGGGUCAUACAGGAAAUCGUUGUGAAACAGUAUUAAAUCCAUGUGAUAGUAGACCAUGUUCAUUUGGUACAUGUGUUGCAUCAUCAUCAACAUGGCUAUGUGUAUGUGAACCUGGUUGGACUGGAAUUCAAUGUAAAAAUAGUAUUAAUGAAUGUUUAUCAAAUCCAUGUUUAAAUGCAGGCGUAUGUAUUGAUGGUAUUAAUGAAUAUCGUUGUAUUUGUUUAACUGGUUAUACUGGUACUAAUUGUCAAAUAUCAAUGAAUCCAUGUUCGAGUACUCCUUGUCGAAAUAAUGGCACAUGUGUAAAUAAUGUUGUAUCAGUUUCAUGUUUAUGUCCUGCCGGCUGGACAGGAGUAUUUUGUGAAACAGAUAUAAAUGAAUGUACAUCAGCAUUAAUUUGUCAUCCAAAUGCAACAUGUAUAAAUACAAUCGGUUCAUAUCAAUGUCUUUGUCCAAUAUGGUUAACUGGUUUGAAUUGUUAUACACCUAUUGAUUUAUGUGCAAGUUUCCCAUGUCAGAAUAACGGUGUUUGUAUAUAUGAUUAUGGUGGAAUACUAACAUGUCGUUGUCAAUCUGGUUUUACUGGUGUUCAUUGUGAACUUAAUAUUGAUGAUUGUCAACUCACUUCUUGUUAUCAUAAUGGAACAUGUAUUGAUCAAAUUAAUAGUUUCUUAUGUUUAUGUCCAUCUGGUUAUACAGGUGUAAGAUGUGAAACAAUAAUUAGUCAAUGUAUUAGUCUACCCUGUUUAAAUGGUGGUACUUGUCGAGAUUCAUAUACAAAUGCAAGUGCAACUUAUAUUUGUAUUUGUCCACCAUUAUAUACCGGCACACGCUGUGAACAAAUUAUAAAUCCAUGUGCGAAUUAUCCUUGUAUUCAUGGUACUUGUAUUAUGAAUUCAACAAUAAUGCCACCUUAUAUAUGUCAAUGUACUAGCGGUUAUACAGGUCAAAAUUGCGAUAUACCUAUUGAUCAUUGUUCAUCAUUGCCAUGUGGUUUAUAUGGAACAUGUACAAAUUUAAUAACAAGUUAUAGUUGUUGUUGUGCACCAGGUUAUACAGGUUUACAAUGUACACAAAUAAUCAAUUAUUGUUUAACAAAUCCAUGUUCAAGUGAAGGUGUACAACAAUGUAUAUCAACAACAGCAACAACAUUUACUUGUUUGUGUAAGUCAGGUUAUACAGGUCGUUAUUGUGAAAUUAAUAUGAAUGAAUGUUUAUCACAGCCGUGUUUAAAUGGUGGUAUUUGUGUAGAUUUAAUAAAUGGCUAUCAAUGCAUAUGUCCAUCCGUUUAUAGUGGAACAAAUUGUGCACGUUUACAAGAACAAUGUACUGGUAUUGAAUGUUUUAAUGAUGGACGAUGUAUUAAAAAUGGAACUAAAUUCAUGUGUUUAUGUACUAGUGGAUAUAAUGGUGAUAAUUGUGAAUUGAUUAUUAACUAUUGUCAAUCACAACCAUGUCAAAAUGGUGGAAUAUGUUCGAAUACAGAAUUAGGUCCACAAUGUACUUGUCCGAAUGGAAUUACUGGUUUAUUUUGUGAAACAAUAAUUGAUCAAUGUCAAUCUCAAACUUGUCAAAAUAAUGGAACAUGCCAGUCACUUAUUAAUCAAUAUGUAUGUCUUUGUCCGAAUGGUUUUAUGGGUGAACGAUGUGAAAUUGAAAGAAAUGAAUGUGAACCAGUGAAUCCAUGUUUAAAUUCUGGACGAUGCAUUGAUCAUUUAAAUAAUUUUUCAUGUAUUUGUAUUCCAGGUUUUACGGGUUUUUAUUGUGAAAUUCAAAUUGAUCAAUGCCAAUCAAAUCCAUGUUUAAAUGGUGGAAUAUGUCGAACAUUAAUCGAUAGUUAUAGAUGUGAUUGUCCACAAGGAUAUAAUGGAACAACAUGUUCAUCGUUAAUAAAUUAUUGUUUAAGUAGUCCAUGUUUACAUAAUGGUUUAUGUGUAUCAUUAUUAAAUGGUUAUCGUUGUAUUUGUCUUGAUGAUUAUAUAGGUUUAAAUUGUGAAAAUCAAUCCAAUGAAUGUUUAUCAAAUCCAUGUUUAAAUAAUGGAACAUGUUUAGAUCAAAUAUGGAAUUAUACAUGUCAAUGUUCACCUGAAUAUACAGGAUCAAAUUGUCAUAUGUUAAUUGAUUAUUGUUUAAGUUCACCUUGUAUUAAUGGUAUAUGUCAAAAUAAAUUAAAUGGAUAUGAUUGUAUAUGUUCAUCAUCAUCAUAUACAGGUACUCAUUGUGAAAUUCAAAUAAAUAAAUGUGCAUCAAAUCCUUGUAUGUCAAAUGCUACAUGUAUUGAUGGAAUAGAUCAUUUUAUUUGUUUAUGUCCACCAUGGUUUUCUGGAUUAACUUGUUCCGAACAAAUAAAUCCGUGUUUGAAUCCAGUAACAUGCGCAAAUAAUGCAAGCUGUGCAGUUAAUUAUGAUAUAGAACCUCAUGGUUAUACAUGUCAAUGUUUACCAGGUUUUACAGGUGAUAUGUGUGAAAUAAAUAUUGAUGAUUGUAUAACACAACCAUGUCGUCGUGGACAAUGUAUUGAUAAAGUUAAUGGAUUUAUAUGUACUUGUUAUGCGGGAAGUAAUGGAGUUUUAUGUGAUAAUGACGUUAAUGCUUGUGCAAGUGCUCCUUGUUUAAAUAAUGCUGUUUGCAUAUCAUUAAUAAAUGCAUAUCAAUGUCAAUGUCCAUAUGGCUUUCAAGGAACUAAUUGUGAACAAAUAGUAACUCAACCAUGUUCAAGUAGUCCUUGUUUAAAUAAUGGUACAUGUACAAUUGUUUCAAGUGUUGGUUUUCAAUGUUCAUGCUCAUAUGGUUAUACAGGUCCACGAUGUGAAUUAACAAUAAAUGCAUGUGCAUCAAAUCCAUGUCGUUUUGGUACAUGUCAACAAAUAGUACCAGGAUUUUAUUAUUGUUUAUGUUUACCUGGUUAUACUGAUUUUAAUUGUCAAACAGAUAUAAAUGAAUGUAGAAGUUUGCCAUGUUUAAAUAAUGGAUCAUGUAUUGAUAUGAUAAAUGCUUUUAAUUGUACUUGUCCAAAUGGAUAUUCCGGUAUACAAUGUCAAUAUGGUGGUUAUCAAUGUAAUUCUGGACCUUGUCUUAAUAAUGCUACAUGCAUUAUAACUAGUACUGGUUAUCAAUGUACAUGUCAAGCUGGUUUAACUGGUAAUCGUUGUGAAAUAGAUAUAAAUGAAUGUGCAUCAUCCCCCUGCCAAAAUGCUGGUAUUUGUUUACAACCAUCAUUGAAUUAUUAUCGAUGUCUUUGUCCAACUGGUUAUUCUGGUAUUAAUUGUGAAAUAAUGCUUGAUCCAUGUUUAUCUGUUAUUUGUUUAAAUAAUGGUACAUGUAUACGAACAAGUUCAACAACAGGUAUUUGUUCAUGUUUAUCUGGUUAUACUGGUAUUGCUUGUCAAAAUCAAAUAAAUAAUUGUUUAAGUACACCAUGUGUAAAUGGAACAUGUAUACCAUUAGUUAAUUCAUAUCAAUGUUAUUGUUUUCCGGGUUAUACUGGUCAAAGAUGUGAUUCAAUAAUAAAUUAUUGUUCAUCAAAUCCAUGUUUGAAUAAUGGUACAUGUAUAAAUCAAAUAAAUUCAUAUGUAUGUCAAUGUUCAUAUGGUUUUCAAGGUACAACAUGUGCUAUACGUAUUCAAGCAUGUCAAUCAUCUCCAUGUUUGAAUGGUGGAAUAUGUUAUGAUAUUGGUCCAGGUUUACUUAAUUGUUCAUGUCCAGAAUCUUAUCAUGGAACUUUUUGUCAAUUAAGAGAUUCAUUUUGUACACAAAUGCCAUGUCAAAAUAAUGGUAUUUGUAUAGAAACAUUAAAUGGUUAUCAAUGCAUAUGUAGAGAAGGUUUUGAUGGUGUCAAUUGUACAAAUGUAAUUCAACCAUGUUUAUCAAAACCGUGUUUAAAUAAUGGUACAUGUUCAACUUUAAACAAUGGACUUGGUUAUCAAUGUUUUUGUCCAAUUGGUUAUGGUGGUCUUCGUUGUGAAUUUAAUAUAAAUUGGUGUUCAUCAAAUCCAUGUCAAAAUCAAGGAACUUGUAUUUCACAAACAUCAUCAUUUAUUUGUCUUUGUCCAUCAAUGUACACAGGUGUUGUUUGUCAAACAUUAAUUAAUAAUUGUUCAUCAUUAAAAUGUGGAAUCGGUAUACCAGUCAUAACAAGUCCAACCAAUUGUACAUGUGUUUGUUCAAGUGGUUAUACAGGAGAUUUAUGUCAAACACCAAUUAAUUUAUGUCAAACAACAAUAGGAAAUUUUUCGUAUUGUAUUCGUGGAACAUGUAAUUAUCUUGGACCAGGUUUAGCUAAUUGUAUGUGUCCAAAUGAUUAUAGUGGACUUCGUUGUGAUACACGAUUAUCCGAUGGUAUAUGUUCAUCAUGUCCUUGUUUAUAUGGACAAUGUCGAAUAAUAGAUCAAACAAAUAGUUAUAUAUGUGAUUGUUAUCAAGGCUAUACUGGACAACGAUGUGAAACAUCAAUAAACUUAUGCUUACCAUCACCAUGUGUUUAUGGUCAAUGUAUAUUAGAUGUAAUAUAUGGUUAUCGUUGUAUAUGUUUACCUGGUGCAACUGGUCAAAAUUGUUCUAUAUUAAUCAAUACAUGUAUUUCAAAACCUUGUCAAAAUAAUGGACUCUGUGUGCAAGGACUUAAUACAUAUCAAUGUGUUUGUUUACCUGGUUAUGCUGGUAUUAAUUGUGAAAUAUUAAUUAAUCAAUGUACAUCAUUAAUAUGUUUAAAUAAUGGUACAUGUAUAAAUCUUCCAACAACACCGCCAAGUGCUGUAUGUAAAUGUUUACCAUUAUUUACUGGUCUUCAAUGUCAAUAUCCAUAUGCACCAUGUACAUCACAACCAUGUCAAAAUUUAGGCACAUGUUUUUCACCAAAUCCAUCAUCAUAUAUAUGUGUAUGUCCUAGUGGAUUUACGGGUAUAAAUUGUGAAAUAAGUCUUCAUGUAUGCUCAAGUCGUCCAUGUUUAAAUGGUGGUACAUGCAUAGAACCAACAUCGAAUUACUAUAUAUGUCAAUGUCCAUGGCCAUUUUAUGGUGUUAAUUGUCAGUUAGCAUGUGAUCCUUGUUCAAGUUGUCCAUGUCGUGGACCAUUAUCACAAUGUAUAUCAUCACCUAUUUACUAUAAUUAUACAUGUGUGUGUUCACCUGGUUUUACUGGUAUGACAUGUUCAAUACCAUAUGAUCCAUGUAUAUCAUAUCCAUGUAGAAAUAGUGGUACAUGUAUACGAACUGGUCCUUUAACAUAUUCAUGUGCUUGUCCAGCAGGUUAUAGUGGAAGUUAUUGUGAAAUACAAAUUAAUCCUUGUUCAUCUUAUUCAUGUGCAAUUGGUACAUCAAUAAUUACAUCUCCAAUAAGUUGUCAAUGUCAAUGUCCAUAUUCAUAUUAUGGUGCAUUAUGUCAAAUAAAUGUUUGUCAAGCAAAUCCAUGUUUAAUUGGUACAUGUAUUGCUAAUGGAAAUUAUUCUUAUACAUGUAAUUGUCCAGUUGGAUUUCAAUAUAUAAUGGGAGUAUGUGUUGAUAUAAAUGAAUGUAUAACAAUUCCAGGUAUUUGUGCAAACGGUGGAAGAUGUCUAAAUUCUUAUGGAUCAUAUUUAUGUUUUUGUAAUUCGGGUUUUUACGGAACAAAUUGUGAAAUUUAUGAUCCAUGUCGAUCAAUGCCUUGCAUCAAUGGUGGUACUUGUAUGUCAACAGGAAAUUAUCCAUAUUGGCAAUGUAUUUGUCCAUUAUUAUAUACCGGUUCUCGUUGUGAAAUCUUAUUUCUUGGAUGUUCAUCGAAUCCAUGUCGAACAGGAAAUUGUAUAAGUCUUCCAAACGGUGCAUAUCAAUGUUUAUGUCCAUCAUCAAUGACAGGUAUUAAUUGUGAUAUACCAUUAUUACCAUGUUCUUCGAAUCCAUGUUUAAAUAAUGCAACUUGUUUAACAUUAUCAUUAACAAAUUAUACAUGUAUAUGUCCACCAUUAUAUACAGGUUUACAAUGUUCUAUACAAAUACUUAUUUGUUCGAAUAGUCCUUGUCAAGGAAAUUCAACUUGUGUUGUUAAUCCCUUGACGGGUGUACAGAUUUGUCAAUGCCCACCUGAACGUUAUGGUGUUUAUUGUGAAAUUCUUUCUCCUUGUGGUUCAAAUCCAUGUAGACGAGGUACAUGUCAAAAUAAAAAUUCAACUUCAUAUCAAUGUGUGUGUGAACCUGGUUUUACUGGUAAUACAUGUGAAAUUCCAUUUGAUGUUUGUACUUCAAAUCCAUGUCUUAAUGGUGGAACUUGUAUAAAUUUAGGCAAUGGAUUAUAUACUUGUUUAUGUUCAGCAACAUUUACAGAUUCCAAUUGUAAUAUUCCACUUUGUGUAACAAGUAGUUGUUUUAAUGGUGGUACUUGUCUUAUUCAAAAUAAUAGUCUACGUUGUCAAUGUCCAUGUGGAUUUACUGGAUCUCGAUGUGAAACUCCAUCUGAUAUAUGUUCAUUAACAUUAUGUCAAAAUAAUAGUACACGUAUUGUGAAUAUCACAACAUGCCAAUGUACAUGUUUAUGUUCAUCAACAUUUACUGGAAAUCUUUGUCAAUUACCAAUAAUACCAGUUAAUAGAACUUAUCCGGGACAAAUUAUUAUUCCUAUUGAUCGACCAGGAGGUUCAUCGUGGGAAAUUAUUUUACAAUGUAUUGAUCAAGUUUGGAAUAGUUUGAAUGUUCUACUCGCAUGUAAUUCUCCAUUUACACUUGUAAAUCCAACAUCAUUUUAUCCAUAUUGUUAUCAAAUAAAUCAACAAUCAUCACUUGUUACUCAAUUGAAUGCUAUACAAGAUUGUAGUGAUAAAUCAGCACAACUUGUUUGGUUUCAAUCUAUUGAUGAAAUACAACAACAAUUAAUUCCAGCUUUAUUUGCUCGAGGUUUAACUCGAGACUUUUGGACUAGUGGAAUAUUUAAUUCAAUAUUAAAUCGAUGGCAGUGGUUAUUAUCAAAUAAUAAUACUCGCAUUGAUAUUGAUUCAUCAAUUCUAACACAAUAUGGAAUAAAUCCUUUAGGUGGUCAAUCUCUUCAUUAUUCAUUUGCAGAAUUAUCUAAUCGACGUUUACUAUCAAGUUCAUCGUCAGAAACUUAUUCGACACUUUGUAAAAUAUCUGCAACACGAUUUUUAUUGAAUAACCAAACACGUUCAGUCGAUCUAACAUCACAACAAUAUGGAUUUCAAAACCAAACUCAAGUUAUUUUUUAUAAUUUUAAUUAUACAAUUUUUUCAACAAUUCCAUCAAAUAUUCUUAUGCAACAACCAACGGCUGCUCAAUAUUCAGCUAUGUGUGGUGCCAUUGGUAGUCCGUCGACUCCUGUUGAUCCAUAUAUCAUUGAUAUUUGUGGUUAUUUUUCUUCAAUAACUGAUGGAAAUAUUCAAUUAUUAAUGCAAACAAUUUCUUUAUAUUAUACAUCGCAUCGAAUAACAAUUUUAUCAACUCAAACUUACACUGCAAUACCAUUAAAUGUUGAACAUUAUGUAACAAUAUCUGGUGAUUUAAUGACUCGAAUACGAUUUAUAAUAAUAAGUCAAUCAUCAAUUGUACUCGGAUCAAAUAUUGAACCACUGGCAUCAAUUAAUGAUAUACUUAAUACAAUAAAUUAUCGAAUUUAUCAACAAUGUAUACCUUAUAUAUCUUUAAAUAUUCUUUUACCAUUAAAAUUAUGCAUUCCAUUAAAUGAAAUUUCAUUAUGGACAAAUUUAAUUGCAAACGCAGUUUCAGCAGCGACAGGACAAUUAAGUGUAACUGUAAUGCUUAAAGGUGUUCAACAAGGUGUUACAUCUACAGGACAACCAGCAAAUAUUGCCUAUUUCUUAAUAACAAUUAAUGGUAUGACAUAUAACCAAACGAUCGGUAGUAAUUUAGCAUCAAAUCCAGUAUUAAUUGCAACAAUAACACAAACUAAUAAUCAAUUAUUAUGUUCAAAUCAAACACAAUUCGUUCCAAUACAAAACAGUAUUCAAAAUUUUUAUGUUCCAUGUCCGAUACCACAAAUACUUCAACGACAAUUAAAUAAUGCAUUACAACAAGCAGGAAUUUACACUAUUAAUAUGACAAUAUUCGGUGUUGAAGAAGCAGUUGAUAAUCUUGGACAAAUUUAUCGAUUACCAAAUAUAUAUAUUCAACAUCAAAAUGGAACAUGGCUUGAUAGUUCAUUACAAUUAAAUAAUCAAUUAUAUCAAAUCUUAAUAUCUGUUCAAAUGCAGCAAUUAACAGCUCGUGUUUAUCUUUUAUCAAAAGCUUAUUCGUAUUUUUAUUUAAAUCCAUUAACAACAAAUGAUCGAGAUUUUUUACAAAGAUUAAUUUUAACAUUAUAUAAUCAACAAAGUUCUAUAACAAGUAAUAUUGUAAAAAUUUUACUCGAAGAUUCAUAUUUAAAUAUAAGUUCAUUAAUAACAAUACAACGAGUUUAUGCAUUUUUAUUUUAUAAUGAUCAAGAACUUGAUGGAAGAUAUUUAUCAUCUUUAGUUUUAUCACCAUCACAAUUUAUUAGUCCUUUCUAUAUACAAACCCCAUUGACUUAUGUAUCAAAUGUAAUACCAGCUAAUGUUGUUAAACAACGUGAUGUACAAAAGGUAACAUUUACUGGCAAAAUUAGUCAAACAUUAGCACAAACAGCAUUAAUUGAUUAUUGGCAAAAUCCAAUUAGGCAAGGCUUAACUAAUGCAAAUGUUUAUAUUGUACAAUUACAACAGUAUCUUGUCUAUUCAAUAAGUCAGUAUUACACAACAAUAACUUAUAUUGUGAUAACAUCAAGUGGUUAUACUAUUCCAAGUGCAUGUUUUAAUCCAAGUUUACUUCAACCGUUAAAUGGUUUAUGUGAUGCACCGAAUAAUUAUGUUGCACAAAUACCUUUUAGUUAUGCAGCAUCAUUUAUUGAUCUAAGAGGAAAUUAUUUAAAAGCUGAUCUUGAUCAAGAUAAUUUUCAAACAUUAAUUACAUCUGCAUUACAAAGAACAGGAAUUAGUAGUACAGUUUCAUCAAUAUUAAUUGAACCACGCUUUGGUUUCGAUAUGUCAUUAGUAACAAGAGUUUAUUAUAUGGUUGUACCUAAUCAAAUCAUUACACAAGAACAAAUACAAGUUCAAUUAAAAUCUAUCUUUUCGACAAUGCAACCAAUUAAAUAUGAUUUAUAUCCAAAUGGACAAUCAUCUGUUGCACGUAGUGAUACUCAUCAAUAUAUAGCUAAUGUUUCAUUACCAUUAACAACUUUAAUUCGUCAGGAUAUUGAAAAUUAUUUAACAUCAUUUAAUCGACAAUAUGGAAUUGCAAAAAUUGUUUAUGCAGAAUCUUUAAAUGCUAAUCAAACUCGUUUUUAUCUUGUGUUUAUUAAUGGUACACAAAUAUUAACUCGAUGUGAUUUUUUCUUAUAUUAUCCCGGUGUAACAAAUAUUGUUAAUGGAACAGGUGGAAUUUAUAGUAUAUAUCUUGAACGAAAUGUUUUUGUUGCUCAACCUAUUGCACUUGCUAAUGGUCUAGCACAAAUCUGGACAAACCAAAAUUUAGGUGUUCAACCAGGAGUUUUAUUUGUUCAAUUACAAAAUCAAAUACAGUAUAUUUGUUCUGGAGGACGAAAAUCAAUAAGAGUUGAUUAUAUUGUUCAAAGUCUAUCAACCAGUGUUGAUGUGAAUAAUUUAAUUCCACCACCAAAUUCUGCAUUUGAACAACUCUAUGGGAAAUAUGUUAACACAAGUCAUUGUGUUCCUUAUCAAGCGCAUUGGUUAUAUUUGAUUGAACCACGUCCAUCGGAUGAUUUAAUUCGUUCUGCAUUACAAAAUGCAUGGCGUCAAUCAAAUAAUAAUUUACAAAUUAAUAUUUCACCGGAAUUUUAUUUUGAUUCAUCAUAUUUAACUAUUAAUAAUCAAACAUUAACACGUUUAACUUAUACAAUUAAUCUGAACGGUUCUGAUUUAUCUUCAUUAAUGGUUACGCAACCAUUACUUAAUUCAAUUUUAUUAUCAAAUAUUUAUACAGAUAUUCCAUAUAAAAAAUUUAUUAUUUAUAUUGAUGGAAAUAAAAUGAAUUUGACAAGUUCAGCAACAUUAUCGAUGAUAAAUCAAGCAUUAAGAACAAGUUGGUCAUUAGCUAAUAGUAAUCUAUUUUCAGCAAAUGAUGUUUUUAUUCCAUCAAUUAAUUCUGCUUUAUUAAAUAAUGGACAAGCUAAAAUUGAUUAUAUGAUUGGUCUACGAUCGGGUGAUAUUGGUGAUUAUUCUCCACCAUCAGAAAGACUUUAUACACAAAUAUUCAAUCAAACAGGUUUACAAACAUUAGUUUAUACACGUUAUAUACCAGGAAAUUUUAAUCCAAGUAUAAUAAAUAAUAACCAAACAUCUGAUUUAACAUUUUAUUAUGACUCUGGAUCAUUUGGCGGGCUUGAAUGGUGGAUUAUCUUAAUUAUAGUUAUUGGUAUAUUAACUAUUUGGUUAAUAAUCUGUUUAAUUUGUUAUGCAUGUUGUCGACGACGCGCUGAACGAAAUUCAUCAUCUGUAGUUAUACAAGAUGUUCAACAUGUAUCAAAUAAUGAACCAGUUUAUGGAACACAUCCUAUUUUUUAUCCAUUAUCAAAACGAAAACAUUCAGUAUCAGUUAUUGAUUUACAAGGACAACCAUCAACAAGAGAAUUUCGUCGACCAAAGCGAACAGCAAGAUCAAUAUCACCAUCGAAUAGUUUUCGUUAUAUUUUACCAUUUAACUCUCAACGAGAACAAAAAAAAUCAAAUUUUGAACAAACAUCACUCGGUAAUAGACAAAAUGUACCAAUAACAAUAACCAAAAGUCCUAUGUAUAGUGAUGAUUAUUUAUAA